AUGGCCCAAACCGUAGCAAAGCGCGACGCCCAGCAACUGCAGCAAAACCAAGCCACAGCCUCACAACAGCAAGUCCACGAGAAACACGCCAGCGCCAAUGCAUCUAUGCCGUAUGAGAAUGAUAUACAGCUUUACCAACGUACAACCAUGCAGGCCGGUCUCAAUCUCAAUCUCUUCGGCGCGCUCUCCGGCGCCUUUAGUUCCAAGCAGAAGAAAAGCACGCGGGUGGAUGACGACGGGUCGAUCGUGAGUGAGCAGGAGAGACAAGACAAAGCCGAAGCUAGCGCUCUCGCUCGCGCUCAGGCAAACGCGCGCGCUGCUGCAGGUGCGGAGCAGAGUGAGAUGAAGAGGACACAGCAGCGCGUUGAUCAUCUGGGGAUUGAAGGGUGA